GUCAAUUUGACGACUUUGACAUUAGUCAAAUAAUUCAAUGAUAUGUAUAAAUAUAUAAAUUAAAAAACAAUAUUUUGUUUUUGUCUUUUAUAUGAUUAUGAAAUAAAUUUUAAUAUUGUUCUCAAUUGCAUGAUCAAUUAUGAAUGGAGAUCAGAGUCCAGCUAGCCCAAUUGACAUCCGAGAUACUGAACAAGCCGUUCUUAUGGAUCCUAUAGACCAUGAUCGUAGUAGAUAUCCCUACUGUAUAGUUUGGACUCCUAUUCCAGUUUUAACAUGGAUAUUCCCAUUCCUUGGUCACGUGGGCAUUUGCAUGUCUAAUGGUGUUAUAAGAGACUUUGCUGGCCCUUACUUUGUAUCUGAGGAUUUGAUGGCAUUUGGAAAUCCCACAAAAUACUGGCAACUGUCACCACAGAAAGCAGCCAAUGGACAGGCCGGAUGGGAUGCUGCUGUGGCAGAAGCCUCAGAGAUAUAUAAGAAAAGAAUGCACAUAAUAUUUUAUGACAACUGUCAUUCCCAUGUAGCAACCGCUUUAAAUAUUAUGAAUUAUAAUGGAUGUAAAAACUGGAAUAUGGUCAAACUGGCCUUCUACAUGUUGCCAUAUUCAAAAUAUGUCAGCUUUGGAGCAUUCCUCAAGACAUGGGUACCAUUCUUGAUAAUAGUUGCAUUUAUCUGUGGACUCACAGCACUCACAUAAUACUAUUUUGGUGAUUUGGAUGUGACCGUGUGAAUUUGGUGUUACGCUGGUGCUGGUUAUGAAUAUUGAUGACAGUUGGAAGGAAAAUAAAUGGAGAGAGGCCAAGUAGAUUAGUUUAAACACGUAUGUUUGUUGUAAAUGACUUUUAAAUCACCAUUAUAUUUUUAGAAGUGAUGGUUGUACGUGUAAUGGUAUUGAACUGAUUAUUGCAUUUUCUAUGCCUUCUAUUUUGUAACAGAAUGUGUGUUAGUGACCUGACAUUGUAUAUACUUAAUCUAUUUUUUAAUUGAUAUAUUAAUUUAUAAAUUAUCCCAAUAAUUGGUACCUCGCCUCUGCUUUGCAUGGGUGUGAAUUAGGAUGUGUUGUACAUACAAGUCUUCUUAAAUGAUGGUGACCCUUAUCAAAAACAAUCGUGUGGAUUAGAAGAAAUAAGCAAAAUAAUAGAUGCAGACAGACACUUCUUUUAUACUAUAUAGAGAUGUCACUUUUCAAUACUCAAUUCUUGAAUUAUGUGUACCUAAUAAGUAUUUUAUUUAUUAAUACUAGCUUUUACUUGUGUGUGUGACCAGGAUAAACAGUCUAUAUCCUACUCCAUUCUAAUAAAUUCUUCAAUUAAUAUUGCCCAUGGUUCUACUGUCAGUUAUAAAAAAUACUUCCAUUUUAAAAUCAUGAUAUAAUUUGUUUAUGAAUCUAUAAGUGUUGAUGGUCCACUGCUUUGUAUACCUAUAGGAUAGAAUAGGGUUUUUAUUGACUUCAUUGUUUAUAUGACCUGGUGUUAGUGUAAGUGGAUGGAUUUUAAAUAAAAACAAUUAUUCUCUA